AUGACUAAAAUACAGAAGGAGAGUAACAUUCAGGUGUCAUUGCCAAAGAGAAGAACUAGAGUAUUCAAGAAAUGCUGUGAACUCACCACUCUCCGUGGAGUUCAGAUGUUAGUUAUGGUAUUCUCUCUGGGUAAGAAAGUAUUUACUUUUGGUCACCAAACUGUAGAUGAGAUUAUAAAUCGUUUUUUGGGUACUCAUGACUCAUCCUCUUCGACGGGGAUUUCCAGUGAGACCCAACAACUUGUGGAGGAUAAACCAUUGUCAAAUGUGACUGAAAUGAAUAAUCAAAUCAUGCAUGUUCAAGAGCAGUUGGAGAUCGAAAAACAACGUGGAAAAGUAAUAAUUCAAACCUUACAAGCUGGGAGGGAACAAAGAUGGUGGGAGGGAUCUAUAGAGAAUAUGUCAUAUCAACAACUUGAGAUGAUAAAAAGAUCAUUGGAGAAUAUGAAGGCCCUUGUUAGUCAGAAUAUAUAUGAAGUUUCUAAUAUAUUUGCUUCUAGUAGCUCAUUUAAUGGUGGUGAAGGUAGUUUCAAUGGUAAUAUCCCCGAAGUCGGCACCAUGGGAGAUCAAAGCACUCCAGAUGUUAUGGAUGGCGAUGAUCCUAUUUUUUGUGGUCCAACUCCAAGUCCAACGGGCCCUCAUUUGAGUGGGAGCGGUGGAUAUUAUUGA